AUGCUUUUACGCCUUUUUCCUUCUCCCUUGGAAAUUAUUAAUUUCCUUCACAUUUGCAAUUUUCAUUCGGCUUUCCUAUUUAUCUCUCUCUCUCUCUUUCUCUCUCUUCUUUACUUACUAUUAGAAAUCGUCUUUCUUUUCCUCUAUUCUGUGAAAUUUUAUUGCUCUUCAUUCGCGCCAUUCCCAGUAAUAAUUCUUCCUUCUUUCUUUUCCGUAUUCCUUAAAUCUUUACUCUUUAUUUCCUUUCUUUCUCUACUCCCAGUUUUCCUGCUUUCAAUUUUAUGUUUUCAUUCUAUUACUUUGUUUUUUUUUCACUCGUUCAUUUUUCAUCCUUCAUUUCGUUUCACUAAUCCGUAUUUUCUUCUUUUUUCUUUCCUUUCUUCUUACUUUUCUUUCUUUUUUUUCUUUCACUUCUGUUUUUUCUUAUUCGUACCUGAUUUAUAUCUUGUUCCCAUUUGCUCUAUUCGUUUCUUUCUUUCAUUCACUCAUUCGUUCAUUCUUUUUUAUUCUUAUUUCUAA